AUGUAUCCUCAACUAUAUUGGGCAACGGGAUCAGUUAUGUGUUUUAUUGGUUUGGUAUCUUGCAUACAGUUAAUAAGAUUUUUAUCAGAUAAGAUUAAAAUAAGAAAAAUAUUUUUUAUAACUGCGAUAAUUAUAUCAAUGUUUUCAAGAGGAGUGUAUUUUAUAACCACGCCCUUAAUAUUAGAUAAUAGAAUCGACAUGCCAUUAAAUGCAUAUUUAUUUUGGAAUCAUAUGGUGGAUUUUAGUUUUUUUUUGGCCUACUUAAUGUUGUUUAUAAGUUGGUUGGAGUUUUAUUAUACAGCAAAGGUAGGAGGUAAACACUUUACAAAAGGAAAUGGUAUUUUUAUAAUAAUUAGUAUUUUUGCAUUUUCUUCAGUAUCAUUAAUAUCAGCUUUGUUUUUUAUAUCAAAUAAAGAGUGCGAGGUUAAAAAAGUGGAUAUUGGAACCAGUUUUUAUAUAGCAACAUUAAAUUUAUUAACUUCAAUUUUGUUUGGGAUAUAUGGAAUUAAAAUAUACAAAUUAAUAGAGGGAAAUAACCAAGUACUCGAAAGAAAAAGUACAUUCAAGAUUAAGAUUAUUACAUGGAUUUGCUCAUUUUGUUUUUUAGCAAGAACUUUUUUGAUGUUGUAUAGUGCAAUUUCAGUUUGGAACUAUAGCGAUACAAAAUCAUUUGAUGUGGAUUGGUAUUUAGUUUUAAUAUAUUUUGUUACUUUAGAAAUUGUUCCAACAUGUGCAUUACUCUUUUUCCUAAGGUCAUCAAAAAAGAAAAAGCUCACCCAUUACGAAAAAGCCAGGUUUAAUAAUAAUCAAUACACCAAUUCUGUUAAAUACAGUCCUGCAGAAUAUGAAACUAUUUAA